AUUUGAGAAGAAGUGCUGAUUUCUGAAAGGGCAAAAUAAAGAAGACUAAACGUGGAGAGCCAAAGACAAUGCCUGCUGUCAAAGGUCCUGUGGUUUACACCCCUCCAGAGGGGGGCUGGGGUUGGGCAGUGGUGGCUGGUGCCUUCAUCUCUAUUGGUUUCGCCUUCGCCUUCCCAAAGUGCAUCACUGUGUUCUACAGAGAUAUCGAAGUUAUUUUCAAUGCCAGCACAAGCAAAGUCUCAUGGAUCUCUUCUAUCAAUGCAUGCUUCAUAUAUGCAGGAGGUCCAAUUAGCAGCAUCUUGGUGAAUAAGUAUGGCAGUCGUCCAAUAAUGAUACUAGGUGGUUGCCUCUCUGGAACUGGACUCAUUGCUGCAUCUUUCUGCAACACAGUGGAGGCUUUGUAUUUCUUUGUUGGUGUGUUAGGAGGUCUGGGACUGGCAUUUAAUCUCAAUCCUGCUCUUAUCAUGAUUAGUAAAUAUUUUUACAAAAGAAGGCCAUUUGCUAAUGGAAUUGCCAUGGCAGGUACCCCAGUAAUUCUAUCCACUUUAGCUCCUUUGAACAGUUGGUUCUAUGACCAAUUUGGCUGGAGGGGUAGCUUCCUUAUCCUGGGUGGGCUUCUGCUCAACUGUUGCGUAGCUGGAUCUCUCAUGAGGCCUAUUGGGCCGAAGCCCAAACCAGCUGUAAAGGAGUUAAAUUCUGGGGAAGAAAAGAAAACAGUAGUGGAGAUUAUCAACAGUUACAUUGAUCUUUCUCUCUUCAAACACCGUGGAUUCGUCCUGUACCUCACAGGUAAUAUUGUGCUGUUCAGUGGUAUUUUCACUCCCCUAGUAUUCCUCAGUAACUAUGCCAAAAGUAUGAAUAUUUCAAAUGAGAAGGCUGCAUCAUUGCUCUCAGUGCUGGCAUUUGUGGACAUGGUGGUGCGACCAUCCAUGGGAAUAGUGGCCAACACCAAAUGGGUGCGACCAAGAAUACAGUAUUUCUUUGCAGCUUCAGUUAUGUUUAAUGGGGUGUGCCACUUGCUUGCCCCCCUUGCACUGGAUUAUUUGGGAUUUGUGAUCUAUUCAGCUUUCUUUGGGUUUGGGUUUGGGUGGCUGAGUUCUGUGCUGUUUGAGACCCUAAUGGAUUUGGUAGGAGCCCAGCGCUUUUCCAGUGCUGUGGGCCUGGUCACCAUCUUGGAGAGUGUGCCAGUGUUACUAGCACCACCUUUGUUGGGAAAAUUCAAUGACAUCUACCAUGAUUACAAAUACACAUACAUCAGCUGUGGAAUACUCCUGCUGGUUGCAAGCAUGUUCCUCUUCAUUGGCAUGGGCAUCAACUACAGACUGUUGGAUAAGGAAGCAAAGGAAGAAGCUAGAAAAUCCCACAUGAAAGGAAAAGAGGAAGAAUCCACCAAUGACUUUGCAGACAAGGCUAUUAUCAAUUAGAUGGCUGUAGCACUGCAAGCAGCUGAUGAUAUUAAAACUGCAGAAGAUUCUGUAUGCAUAAAAUAAGUGAUCUUGUCCAUGACUAGCGCUGCGAGCUAAAUUCAAAUGAAUACGAAUGUACAGAAGGAAAAAAAGUGUAAUUAGUAAUGUAUAAAAAGUGUAAUUUGUCUGCUAUAACCAAUUUAGAUUAUGAAGAAUUGUAUUAAUCAACUUUAUACGAUUUUUACUCAUGUAGUAAUUUUCAAGUAACUGUGUGCAAUGAUGUGGGUAAAUAUAAGAUGGUCUCAGAAUAAUCUGAUUGUCCUCAGAAAAAUUCUAGGGUGGCAGGGCAAAUCAAUGAGAUUUAUAUGUUAAAAAGAAAAACUGAAUAAUAA